AUGUGGCAGUUUAUCGCUGCUACCCGGUGUUCCACAGUGAUUGAAUGUAAAACAAAAACCUGUGGAGGCUUCUACAACCGCCAAGAGCCUCUUGGGUUCACAGAAAGAAAGAGCGCACCGACUCAGGAUGAAGUGGGCCCCAAGGUCUUGCUGGACAAUGAUGAUAUCAUGGAAGCCAAGGGACAACGUCCACAACAUGUUUUUCCAAAAUGGCUUUGGAAGAACUACCAGUAUGCUCUGGCCUUUCACUUUGCCAUUGAGGAGAUCAAUAAGAACUUCCAUCUCCUCCCCAAUCUGUCCCUGGGCUACCAUAUCUACAAUGCCCAUCACAGUUACCAAACAAGCUUAGAGAAUGCUCUGCUGUGGCUGUCUGGGGGUGAUGAGAUUCUCCCUAACUAUAAAUGCACUAUGCACGACAAGUCAGUUGCCAUCAUUGCGGGAACUGCAGCCACAUUUUCAGCUGAGAUUGGACCACUUUUAGAGCUCUACAAAACCCCACAGAUCACAUAUGGACCUUAUCAUCCCAUGCUAGAUGACAAAGACCAGUUUUCAUCACUUUACCAGAUGGCUGCCAAAGACAACUUUCUUGUUCAUGCAAUGAUCUCCUUACUGCUUCAUUUUGGUUGGACGUGGGUAUCGCUCUUCAUUUCUGAUGACAUGAAAGGGGAGCAGUUCCUUCAGAUUCUUAAAGCAGAGAUGGUAAAGAAAGGUAUUUGCGUGGCUCUAACAGAAAAGUUGCCUACCACUCAGGCAAUACGUGAACCGAAGGAAAUCAUUCCCAGGAUUCCAAUUUCAUCUGCGAAUGUGCACAUACUGUAUGGUGAAGUGGGCAGCCUCAUAAUCGUGGACAUUUCAGCCAAGUACUUCUUAGUCAUGGGAAAAGUGUGGAUAAUGACAUCAAAGUGGGAUAUCGUUGUGUAUGAGAUGGACCACAUGCUGCACUCUUUCCAUGGAAGUUUGUCACUGUCACCUCAUAAGAAAGAAAUUCCCGGCUUCAAACAUUUUCUCAAGACAGUUAAACCCUCUCAAUACCUAGAGGACUUUUUCUUUAGUAUAUUGUGGUUUUAUAAUUUUGAUUGUCUUCCUGCUGGGUCACUUUUUGGAAAAGCUAGAGUUUGCCCACCAAAUGUUUCCUUAGAGUUCAUGCCAGGAAAUAUUGACAUCAUGACAAUAUCAGACUCCAGCCAUCGCAUCUAUAAUGCUGUCUACACAGUGGCCCAUGUCCUUCAUAAAAUGCUUUUAAAGAAAAUAGAAGUGGGAUCUCCAGGAGCUUUUGUCCAGCCUAAGAUUCUUCCCUGGCAGCUUCAUCCAUUUCUGAGUAGAAUUCAGUUUACCAACAGUGCUGGGGACGACAUCUCUUUAGAUACAAAGACAAGCUCUGUUGCACAGUAUGAUGUACAAAAUGUUGUGAAUUUUCCUGCUGGUCUUGGGUUGAUGAUUCAAGUUGGAGAGUUUGUCUAUAGGAGUCCACUUGAUCAAGACUUGGUCCUCAAAGAAGAGAUGAUAGAAUGGCCUGUUGGAUUCAUACAGACUCCUCAAUCUGUGUGUAGCCAGAGCUGUGGUCCAGGAUUCUGGAAAAUUCUACAGGAAGGAAAACCUCCAUGCUGCUUCAUUUGUGAUUUUUGUCCAGAAGGGUAUAUUUCCAAUCUGACAGAUACAGUGCAAUGCAUCGAGUGCCCCACACAUGAGUACCCCAACAACGAGAAAAAUCGCUGCUUCCCCAAGAUCAUAACCUUUCUGGCAUUUGAGGAUUCUAUGGGGAUGGCUCUAGCCUGCUCAGCCCUGGGCUUCUCGCUCAUCACAGCUGCGGUUUUGGGGGUCUUCGUGAAGCACCGUGACACUCCCAUAGUCAAAGCCAAUAACCGGACUCUCAGCUAUGUCCUGCUCAUCUCCCUCCUCCUGUGCUUCCUCUGCUCCUUGCUCUUCAUUGGCCAUCCUAACACGACCACCUGUACCCUCCAGCAAACCAUAUUUGCACUUGUAUUCACCGUGGCAGUUUCCACCAUUUUGGCCAAAACCAUUACUGUCAUACUUGCCUUCAAAGCCAUGAAACCAGGAAGAACAAUGAGGUGGUUUCUAAUCUCGGGAGCCUCUAACUCCAUCAUUCCCAUUUGCUCCUUCAUCCAGCUUACUCUCUGUGGAAUUUGGCUGGGAACCUUUCCUCCCUUUAUGGACAUGGACGCCCAUGCAGAACUCGGCCACAUCGUCCUCACCUGCAACACAGGCUCUGUCACUGCCUUCUACUCUGUCCUCGGAUACCUGGGUUGCUUGGCCCUGGGAAGCUUCACCGUGGCUUUCCUAGCCAGAAAGCUGCCUGACACAUUCAAUGAGGCCAAGUUCUUGACAUUUAGCAUGGUAGUGUUCUGCAGUGUGUGGCUCACCUUCCUGCCUGUCUACCACAGCACCAAGGGCAAGGUCAUGGUGGCUGUGGAGGUCUUCUCCAUCUUGGCCUCCAGUGCAGGGCUCCUAGGCUGCAUCUUUGCCCCCAAGUGCUACAUAAUUCUUCUAAGACCUGAUAAGAACUCUUGGGAAGGAGGAGACACGGUGGCUGAGAGGAGACUGUGGAUGAGGACAUUGCUGACUUUCCUCAUGAUUGGGGAGAACAGCAGGGAAUCAGCCAGCCCCAUGGAGCAGGCCAACUCUGAGCUCCUGGGGACUCAGUCCCUCAACUUGGCCAUGGCCUCUGGGCUGGGCUCAAUUAGAGUGGUUGGUGCCAGAUGUGACAUCCAGAUGACCCAGUCUCCAGCCUCCCUGUCUGCAAUUCCAGGAGACACUGUCUCCCUCAGUUGCCUGGCCAAUCAGGAUGUUAGAAAUAAUUUAAACUGGUAUCAGCAGAAACCAGGGAAAGCCCCUGAGCGCCUGAUAUAUGGAGCAUCUAAUUUGGACUCUGGGGUCUCAUCCAGGUUCAGAGGCAGCGGGUCUGGGACCGAUUAUUCUCUCACCAUCAGCAACCUGCAGCCUGAAGAUGCUGCCGAUUAUUUCUGUAUGCAGUAUGAUGAGUAUCCUCCCACACAAACUGAAAAUGACAUUUACAUGAAUUCUAGUGCCAUGACUUAG